AAAUUUGAUGAUACACCUGCAGGAAUUCUCUUAAAAAGAAGGGUAUAUAAUAACCACAUGUCAGAUGUUAAACUAUCAACCUCGGAGAUUCGAAUAGUAGAUCUCUUGGCAGUUUAGCAGGAAGGAUCGAGAAUGGGAAAGAAAAUCGUCACUUUGGAAAAUGUCAACCCUAAUUUCAAAAAUAUGGAGUAUGCGGUCCUUGGACCUCUCGCGAUUCGAUCGGCUGAAAUUGAGGGAGAAUUAAAAAAGGGUGUUCCAAAACCUUUCAACGAAGUGAUUCGCGCUAACUUUGGAGACUGCCAAGCAAUGGGUCAAAAACCUUUAACAUUCAUUCGUCAGGUGCUGUCUUUAUGCGCCAAUCCUGCACUGAUGACAGAUGACAGAUUUCCGGAUGACGUGAAAGAACGAGCUAAAAAUAUUCUAAAUGCUUGCGGCGGCAGCGUUGGUGUUUACACGGAAUGUACUGGAUUAGAGCUAGUCAAACGCCAUAUUGCACAGUUCAUCGAAAGAAGAGAUGGCUUCCCUGCAUCCUAUUCAGAUAUCGUGCUGCGAACAGGCGCGACUGAAGCAAUCCAGAAUGUCCUCUACUUGAUAAAUCAUCCGAUUAAUGGGACACGAGCCGGCGUUAUGAUUCCUAUCCCUCAAUACCCACUCUAUUCCUCCACAAUUGCUGAAUACGGAAUGCAUCAGAUCAACUAUUAUCUGGACGAAGACAAUGGCUGGGGUUUAAAUAUUGCUGAAUUAAGGCGAUCCCUUAACGAAGCGAAAAAGACAUGUGUACCAAGAGCUUUGAUUGUUAACAAUCCUGGAAAUCCCUCAGGUGCUGUUCUCACUUACGAAAAUAUCCAGGAGAUUAUUAAAUUCGCAUUCGAAGAGAAACUUCUUCUUAUGGCUGAUGAGGUAUAUCAAGGCAACGUGUACGGCGGCAAGAAGUUUCACUCUUUCAAAAAAGUGUUGAUGGAAAUGGGUGACCCUUACAGUAGGAUGGAGAUGGUAUCCUUCAUGUCUGCUUCAAAGGGCUACAUGGGAGAAUGUGGACUUCGAAGUGGAUAUGCAGAACUGAUCAAUUUCAGCCCAGAUAUCAAAACGAUGCUUCUUAAACUGGCAGCGGUCUCUUUAUGCCCAAAUGUAUUAGGGCAGGUUGCAAUGUAUUGCGCAAUGAAUCCUCCCCAGAAAGGAGAACCGUCUUACGACCUCUUCAUGAAGGAAAAAACAGCGGUUAUGCAGAAUUUGACAGAUUCAGCCUUACUGAUCGAGAAAACAUUCAGUCGAAUGAAGGGAAUAAAAAGCGACUCCUUUUCUGGGUCGCUACACUUGUUUCCGAGGUUGAUAUUACCAGAAAAAGCUAUUCAGAAAGCUAAGUCUGUGGGGCAAACUCCCGACUUCUUCUACGUCAUGCAACUACUGGAAAACACAGGAGUCUGCGUAGUUCCCGGAAGUGCGUUCGGCCAGAGGCCCGGAACUUUCCACUUCAGAAUAACUAUCAUUCCUCAACCGGAGAGAAUGAAGAUUGUUCUACAGAAGAUAGAAGAAUUUCACAACAAAUUCUUGGAAGAAUAUAAAUAGGCAUUUUCAAGGAUCUCUAAUCUUCAUUCUGCUACUUCAAACUACAUCAAGAUAAUUUUAUUUCACCAGAUAAAAAACAUUUUGGAAUUCUAUUGAGUUGUUUAUCUCUCAAAUCUGCAUGAAAUGUUGAUGCGGAUUACUGUAUUCCAAAUGUUGCAUGUGAAGAAAUAAAUAUACUUCCCAUAUUUCA